AUGUCGCGCGCUUCUUGUCCUGUUUCUGGUUCGGCUGGGACUUCAUGUCCUGUGACUCGCUCAUCUCGUGGUGGAUCUGGUGGUCAGCGACGAGGUUGUGCUUUUUCUGGCGCGAGUCAACCUGGUGAUAUCCACGCUGCUUUUGACAUUCCUCGUGGCAUCGAUCCAGAUGACUGGCUACGUACACGAGAGCGAAAAUCCAUCAACGAACUUUUGUAUACUUCCUACCCAACCCGUCAAACCCUCGACAACGCCCGCUCCCAAUCUGAACUCGACGCCCUCAACGCAUCCGACCAUUCCAUCCUUGCGACCGCUCUCGGCGCACCAGCGCGUCAAGUCCUCCGUCGCGCCGAAGAAAUCGGUCCCGUUACAGGAUGGCGCGACGGUUAUCUCUCUGUCGAACACGGCUUCUGUCCACCAGAUUAUGAAGAGCCUAUCGCUGCACUUGCAAGAUCUCCGGGGAGGAUCUGGUCUGAUCUUUGUGAACGUAUGCCUGGGUGUUGUGCACGUGGUCGCGUGAGGGAAGCUGUUGCCAAGUUACCACUUGUCGAGGGGACGAAGGAUAUCAUUCCCGAUCAAGCACUCUGGGGCGCUGUCGUCGCAUUGGGAAUGCUCUGCUCCAUCUAUCGUUUUGAGGAUCGUCAUGAUGGGAAGGAUGGUGUUGCUGUUACGAAUGGCACUUCGACGAAACCCACGUGUGAGAUGGGCGAUGAGUUGUGUGAGGAGUUGGAGGGUAUUCCUAUGUGCAUUGCGUUGCCUUACUAUCAGAUUUCAAGACGCAUGGGACGUACGCUGCCUCACUUGUCGUUCCCGGAUCAGGCGUCGUACAACCUCAAGAUUCGCGAUACCAAGUCGACGUACCCUUAUCUUGCACGCUUCGACAACACCGACCUUCGAUGGCCGAUGUUUGGGGAACGCGCUGAAGUCGCCUUUCUCAAAGGCUGCGCUGAUACAUCCGCGUCCUUCCAGCACGGCCCCGACGCCAUCGCCGCCUGUCAAGAACACGUCAUGACCAACAACGUCGAAGGUCUUCUCCACGAACUCAUCCGCCUCAAGGAAAUCCUCGAACGAAUGCCCAAUGCCUUCCACAGCAUCUCAGCCAAUCCCAACGCAGGCGAUAACUAUGUCUCUGCUGAUAAGUGGGUUCGCUGGGGAUUAUUCUCUACACCAUUAUCCAAGCGAUGUCCUGCUGCGUCCGGUCUGCAAUUCCCACCAUAUCUGAUGAUGGAUGCAUUCCUCGGUCGAAAGACCCACUCUUCCUUCCUCGGCCAAGAAGCUCUCCACCUCCGAGCUUGGCUCCCCUCCAACCACCGCGCCUUCAUCGCAGCCGUCCAAUACCACUACUCCAUCCCCGCCUUCGUCCAACAGUCCAACGACCCCCGCCUCAAAGGUGUUCUCGAAGGCAUUGUCGAAGCCUACACCGGCGAACGCGGCUUCAUGGGUGUCCACCGGUACAAAGUCUUUGGCAUUCUUGAAGUCGCUGCCAAGACAGGCCGUACUGCUACAAACGGUCUUUCAGGCGCUGCAGAUGCUACCCGCCCUUGGGAGGAGACCCAUCGGCAAUUCUCGGAUGCGAUGAAGGAACGUUUGGAGCCGUUUAGAGGGAAGCUUGAUUUGGAACCGCACUCUAUGAGGGGCAGUUUUGAGGAGUGUCGCUAUCUUGGACGGGUUGCUGGUGUUAGUCCUGUUGAUAAGGAUGUUAAGAGAGGGACUGCCAUGGUUACGAUCGAUAUCCGCGAUACGGGUAUCACCUUUCAACCUGGUGAUCGAAUGGCCGUCAUGCCUCUCAAUUCCUGGGAGGAAGUAGCCAAGAUGGUUGCCUCUUUGGGUUUGGAUCAUCAUCUUCGUCUUCCCGUCGACACCAACGGAACAUGGUCUCGUUUCUCCCAGCAUUUAUCCUCCGUUACUCGAACACCUCACGGGCUUACAGUCCUCGACAUUCUUCGUCGCGGUCAUCUUGCGCCUAUCACCAAAGAUCUCACCGUCAAGGUGCACGAACUUCUUCACGCUUCUUCCAACACUGUUCUUCAAGUCCUCGCUACCGAUGAAUGGCCUGUUCGCGGCUCCUUGGGUGAUCUUCUACAGCGAGCUGUUAUGGAUACGCCCAGUCAUAUCUGGGACAAGGCUUUUAGUCUUGAUGAUCUGGAUUGGUUGACGGAUCUUGUCGCGUUGGAAGUUCCCAGGACGUACUCCAUCUCAAGCUACAGCAAUGAGCUUUUGCCGAGUACUGUUGAUCUCACCAUUUCUCGAUCGGAGUAUGAUCUUUGCUCCAUGUUCUCCGAAGGCGAGAACAUAGUCCGUGCUGGUGUCUCCAGUGGCUUCUUCAACCCCGACCCAUCAACAGGAGCCGAUAGCGCAAUCCUAGCAGACGAUGUCCUCGUCGGCGUCUCACGACCUGUAUCCUUCACCCUCCCCAUCGACGACAUGGCCCCAUGCGCCUUCUUCGCAGGAGGAAGCGGCAUCGCUCCCUUCCGCAGUUUCUGGCAACACCGUCUCGCCACAUCCGGUCUCUCAGGCGGUCGCAACCUUCUCUACCUCGGCGUUCAAUCCCGCGACAAAUUCUCCUACGAGUCCGAACUCCGCAAGCUCGUCAACAUUGGUUUCAUGGAAGUCCACCUCGCUUUAUCGCGUGACUCGAAUGGUUUGGUCUAUGAUGAUGUACUCCGUGAUCUUGUCGACAAGGAGAUUUCACCAAGGUACAUUGAUACGCUUAUCGUUGAGCAGGGUAGUACUGUUUGUGAUAUGGUCAUGUCCAAGAAGCAAGGUGGUUUGGGUGGGUAUAUGUAUGUUUGUGGGUCUGUCGCUGUGUUUGACUCUGUUAUGAGUGGUAUUCGCAAGGCGAUCUACACAUAUCGCACUGCGACUAUGGAGACGGUUGACAAGAUCAUCAACAAGGCUUUCGCUGAGCGACGAUUCAUGUUGGAUGUCUUCAUGUCUCCACGAGCACUACCCGUCAAUCUUCCCACCAUCUCUCAAUCCAGUCUGGCUUUGCAUACUGGUCAUCGCAAGGGCGGACGUAUGUGGAUUUCUGUUCAUGGCAGUGUCUACGAUGUCACUGACUUCUGCCCAAUGCAUCCCGGCGGUACCCUGAUCAUCAAAUCCAACGCUGGAGUGGACUGCACCAAGUCUUUCGACAACCUCGCUCACACGAACAAUCCCGAAGUAUCGAGUCUUCUUACGCGGUACUUCAUCGGCCACUUGUCGCCCAAGCCAGACUAUCGCGACAAGGAUCUUUCGACGAUGCAUGAUCUCUGGUCAGCGUACCUCCGAACCAAUGUCGAGACACUUGUCGCUCAUCAAUUCGAGAUGAACGACAUCAUGGGCGACACACUCGACGCGCCAUCGAAGGAUGAUCCUAAUGGUAUCACCAACAUCUGGCAACGCGAAGAUCUUCCCAACACCAUCGCCAUCCGCACAUUCUACGGCUACCAAAGCCGUCUUCUCCAAGGUGGCUUCGCAGCACUAUUCGGACCCAAGCUAGAAGAACUCGUUCUUCGGCUCUCAUUCGUCUUUGCCAGCGCUGGUGGACCUGGCGCUGCCUACAAGCUACCCGACAUUCUCGGUGUCAUCGCUCGUGCUAAGACAGGCCUGGACGCGGCCAAGGUUACUAAGGAGAUCAGCGCCCUUGGUGAUCUUAUCUGCGAUCCCAAUUCUCAACUUCGAUUCCAGGAGCGAGGUGUGUUUAGCUACACUGCUAAAUGCGUCCAGCUUGACAUCGAACUCCUCGAAGAUCUCCGACAGGAAGCGUGUAAUGGUAUGGACGCCUUUGACAACGUCGCUUCCAUGCUUGAUCACGAUGACCCUGACGCCACACCUGUUGCUGCACUAUCCACCUUCCUACUCCAAACAUUGGAGAAGAUGGCUCACAGGUUGGCAAACUUCUACGCUCAACUUGCUCGCCUGUCCGUGUACCAGCCUGAGCUUGAACACAACCCCGCCCGCACACGCUGGGCAUUUGUCAGGAAGUGUAUCCGCGACAAGACUUUCUUCGUGCUCACACGGGAAAUCCGCAGUGAGAUGGUCAUGGAGCAAGCUGAUUUCUACACUGGUUCUCAGAAGACGAACUUUGAUCAGGUAGUCACGCAGAUCAAUCGUCGCAUCAGCAUGACCACCAUCGAAGAUGAACCAGUGCCCGAGCCAGUCAGCGUCAACGCGGUGCAUCAAGAACGAAGUCACAUCAACAGUACAACGGCGGUCGAGUCAGCAGCGGACCGAUUAAACGUGGGUGCCGUCUCAAGCAUGUCCACUUUCAUCCAAAACAACAAAACCGCAAUUCGUCGCUUAAGUAAUAUGCCCAGCGCAUACCAGCUUCAAAACCUGCAAACUGCUCUCACCUUAGAUCCGAACGCUCUGCUCGCAGCGAACAACCAGAUGCUCAGCGCACGAAUGAUGAUGAUGACAGGCUACGCCUCGACACCAAGCGUCUCAUCCCGCACAUCCUCCCGUUCUUCCCGUCGUACAUCCAUAAAGUAUGAGUUUGGGAUCUGCUUCCGAAAGAAGAAGUAUGAGUGUUUCGAGUUUGAGGCAAUCGAGGAUCAUGAGCAUGAGUGGAAAUGUGAAUGGGAAUAG